CCAUUUGGAGAACAGCAGACUGAGGAAGGCUGGUCUAUGCCUCCUCAUAUUCUGUUUCCUCUCAGGUAGGUGUGUGUGUAUGGCAGGACUGUGUUGAAAAGAACUGAAGCCUGCUUGUAUAGACCAAUACCUAUAUCUUGCACAGGAGAAGCCUGGCAAUUUUUCUUUAUCCCAGUCUGAGCCCAGUCAUUCUACUCUGUCUUCACACAUUGAUUCUCAUCUUCUCCCAUGCAGGUAGAACCCUUCUCUUACCUAGACUUCCCUGUAAAAGCUGAAAACAAUGGUUCCUUCUCUUUGGAGCAAGAUCCCAGUCUGCCAAGCUUCUGACACUCCAAGCGAGGAAGAUCAAGAGGAGGAGAUGGUGGAGGACACUGAGGAGAAAGGGACGGAAUCUUGCCCAGAGAGUUUUGCUUGGCCCCAGGUGAUCUCAGAAGGAAAAGCUAUCAAGGCAUCUGCCACGGCAGACCCUCGUCCAUUCCACUGUCCAGAGUGUGGAAAGGGAUUUGCACAGAGUUCAAACCUGGUGAAGCAUCAGCGGAUCCACACAGGAGAGCGCCCUUUCCGAUGCCCAGAAUGUGGCCGGGGCUUCAGCUGGAGCUCCUCAUUGGCAGAGCACCUCAAGGCUCAUGGGGGGUGCCGCCCUCAUGCGUGUGGUGAGUGCGGGAAGCGUUUUGCCCGUGGCUCCACGCUGGCUGAGCACCAGCGGGUGCACACAGGGGAGAAGCCCUUUCGGUGCCAUCAGUGCGGAGCACGCUUCUCACAGAGCUCCACCCUGGCCCACCACUUGCGUACGCACUCAGGCGAACGUCCGCACAUCUGUCCUGACUGUGGAAAGUGCUUUGGGCGCAAGUCCACCCUUGUCACUCACAGACGAACUCACACUGGUGAAAAACCCUAUCUCUGCAGGGAGUGUGGCCGCUGUUUCGGGGUCAGUUCUGACCUGGCCAAGCACGUCCACGAUCAUCAUUCUCAUGGGAGCGGCAAUGGGAAAAAUCUUGCUGCCGAAGAGCACCCUGUUCUUCCACUUCUGGCUGCAGAUCAGAGCACUCGGCCAGUUGAAGAGACAUCUCGCGCGGUCUCAGAAGUCUCUGGGCAGACCAGUGAUUGGGUGGGUGGGAUGGAAGAGGAAAGGUACCCAUGUGCUGAGUGUUCUGGGAUCUUCAGCCAGAGUUCUGACUUUGCAGCCCAUCAGAGGAGCCACAAUGAAAGCUGUGCCUUUGAGAUACGCCAGAGAGCCCCCUGUGGAGACCCAUCCCAGCAUUGCCAUCAGCGUGGUGACAAGCUCUCAGAUAGCUCUGGCCUGAAGCAAUGCCAGAGCACCCACCAUGGGGAGGAGAAACCCUUUAAAUGUUCGAAGUGUAAGGCUUCCUUCACAGAAACAGCUGCUUUAGCUACACCCCAGAGAAUCCAGCAGGAUGUGGAAUCCUAUAGCUGUCCCCAAGGCAGGAAGACAUUUCUCGAGAACGAUGAGCUGCUGCUUCACCGGGGAAGUCAUUGUGAUGGGGAACCAGAGGCAUAUGUGCUUACUAAAUGUCCUGUUGUCGGUGCUCGCGUCCCUCAUGAUGCGGCUCUCUUGGCACAAAAAGCGAGCCAUGUGGGAAAUGGAAAACCCCGUUGGUAUGGGAAAGUGUUUCUUCCUCCCUCAGAGCUUGUGGUUCACCAGUUGGGCCCCCCAGCAGAACCUUCCUUGGACAAGCCGUACUCCUGUUCAGCGUGUGGCAAAACCUUUGCCCUCUUUGCCACGUUGGCAGCGCAUGAACGUAUCCACAUGUCUGAGGAUGAUGCCUACCGUUGCCCAACAUGUGGUGAACGCUUUCCUGACAGUGCCAAGUUGGGGAGGCACCAACAGCGCCAUUUGGGCGAGGAGAGGCUCUUCCAGUGUCCCAUGUGUGGAAAGGGUUUCGUCCUGCUUUCAGGUCUACGGCAGCACCAACGUGACCCGCCAGUCCGGUGUCCUCAGUGUGGGGAGACCUUUACAUGGCGCUGCCAGCUGACUGAACACCGGCGUAACUGCCACCCAGCCGAACGCCCCUAUAAAUGCCCUGAGUGUGGCAAGAGCUUUGCCCAGAGCUCAAAGCUCUUGCGGCAUCAGGUGACACACACCGGUGAGAAGCCAUUCAAGUGCCUGGAAUGUGGCAAAAUCUUCAGUCAGAGCUCCAAUCUGGCUGAGCACCGGCGCACCCACGGCCCUGGUAAGGCCCACUGCUGUGCCAUCUGUGGGAAAGCAUUUGCCCUGGGCUCCUACUUAGCCAAACAUCAGGCGACCCACACUGGGGCCCGUCCCUUCCGGUGCACCGAAUGCGGCAAGGGUUUCCGCCAAAGCUCAAACCUCAUCCAGCACCAGAGGACGCACACGGGUGAGAGGCCAUAUGUCUGCGCCUCCUGUGGCAAGUCCUUCACCCAGAAUUCCCACCUGGUCAAGCACCGGCGGGUUCACACAGCUGAAAGGCCCUACUGCUGCCCUGUUUGUGGCAAGAGCUUCCGGCAACGGGGCAACCUGGCCGAACACCAGCACCAGCACGCUGGGACCCGGCCAUACGUCUGCGGGAUUUGUGGGAAAUCGUUCCGCUGGAGUUCAGCUUUCUCCAAACACCAGCGAACUCAUCUUGCGCUCUGACCCUGCAAGGAAGAGGGGAGGUCCAACAGGGCUGCUGGGGCCUUCACAGAAACACCAACACAUUUUAUUCUUCCUGUCUCGUAUCUACAUAAGAAAGCCUCCUUGUGGAAUCUGACAUGGGUGGGGCAGAUUGGUACAGGUAGUCCUCACUUAAUGACCACAAUUGGGACCAGGUUUUUGGUUGCUAAGUGAAGCAGUCAUUAAGCGAAUCUGACCUGAUUUUAUGACCUUUUUGUGGUGGUCAUUAAGUGAAUCACCAUGAUGUUAAGCAAAUCAUGUGUUCAUUAAGCAAAUCACACAGUUCCCCACUGAUUUUGCUUGCCAGAAGCCAUCUGGGAAGGUUGAAAAUGGUGAUCACACUGUGAGAGUCAUAAAUGUGAACCGGUUGCCAAGCACCCAAAUCAUGAUCAUGUGACCGCAGGGACCUGUGACAGUCAUAAGUGUG